UUACCGUCGUGCCCAGACUCCAUCAAACGCGCCGCCUCCCUCGUCGCCGCCGACCUCCUAACCUACUACCAUGGCUCCGAACCGGGCCAAACGCCCGGCAUCUUCCCCGGCCCUCCCCCCGCCGGCGACUACUACUGGUGGGAAUCCGGUGCGCUCUGGGGCACCCUGAUGGACUACUGGCACUACACGGGCGACUCGACCUACAACGAGCUGGUCACCUCCUCCAUGCUUUUCCACACGGGCCCGCCGCUGAACGCUUACAUGCCCGAGAACUACACCAUAUCGAUGGGCAACGACGACCAAGGGUUCUGGGGCCUCUCUGCCAUGCUCGCAGCCGAGGUCGGCUUUCCCGAUCCGCCGGCCGAUCAACCGCAGUGGUUGCAGCUCGCUCAGGCGGUGUUCAACACCCAGGCGGAUCCUGGAAGACAUGACGAUGCGUGUGGCGGUGGGUUGAGGUGGCAGAUACCGAUGGCGAAUAUUGGGUAUGACUAUAAGAAUUCGAUUAGCAACGGUAUCUUCUUCAACCUCGGCGCCAGACUGGCGAGGUACACGGGAAACGAAACGUACGCGCACCACGCGAGGAACACGUGGGACUGGAUGAUGGCCGUCGGGCUGAUGACCGAGGACGGGAAUGUGUAUGAUGGAGCGCACACGGGGGUGAACUGUACGGAUGUGUUUAAGGCACAGUUUUCGUAUAACGCGGCUGUUUUCUUGCAAGGGGCGGCGUUUAUGUACAGCUUUACAAAAGGCGAAGAACAACUCCUCUGGCAGCACCGCGUGCAAGCCCUCCUCGACCGCACCGUCGCCUUCUUCUUCCGCAUCGGCCCCAUCAUCGAGCUCUCCUGCGAGACGCCCACCGUCAUCAUCUGCAAGACCGACAUGCUGUCUUUUAAAGGGUACACGCACCGGUGGAUGGCCAGCACCGCGCAGCUCGCGCCCUUUACGCGGGACACCAUCAUGCGAGUUUUGCGCAACUCUACGGCGGCAGCCGUCAACUCGUGCCAGGGCCCCCUCCACAACGGCCGAGCGUGCGGUUUCCGCUGGACGACGGGUGGGUAUGAUGGCUUGACGGGGGCGGGGCAGGAGAUGAGCGUUUUGGCGGCUUUGUCAUCGUUGCUGGCCUUUAACGAAGAGGGGGGUGAGGAUGAGAAGACGGGUAAAGGUGCCCCGCUGACGGGGGAGACCGGAGGAACGAGUAAAGGCGAUCCGCACGCGGGGACGGGGAAGGGAGGGGUUGAUCCGACGCAGCUGAGGGAGGUGACGACGGGGGAUAGGGUGGGGGCGUGGUUCCUUACGGUGUUUACGCUGGGGACGCUGGUGGCGGCGUUUGUGUUGAUGGGCACGGGGUGGUUUGAGGAGCGGGAGGGUGAGGCUGCGGCUGCGGCUGGGGAGAAGAAGAAUAAGGAGAAGGAGGAGGAGAAGAAGAAGAAGUUGUCGAUUUGGUACAAGAUUGCGAGGGAGGUUAUUUUCAGGCAUCAGGGCUGAAGUCUACUCUUGUGGGGCGAUGCUUGGAAAUGCUUGGUCAAUUAUUACCUUGGGUAUGUUGGAAGUCACCAAGGUCAGUAGAAGGUCUUGUGGUAUUAGAACCUACCUCUAAGCAGU